AGAUGGGAUGGAGCACGUCUCUGGGUCAGUGGGGAGCCUGGAGCCUGAGGAGGGAUGCCGAAGGUGGGAUGCCUCUUCCCCGAGACAUGAGGAGCCGCGACAGCAAGGAAGGGGCAGAAGGAGGAGGGAGUCAUGUCUGAGGGCACCUUGACGCCGGUUUCAGGCGUAGGGACCGCCCGGCGAAGGAGCUGCCGGCGGCAGGGGCGGGGCGGGGUCCGGGGCGGUGCCUCAGCAGCGCCCUCAGCUCAUAAAAGGCGGGAGGCGAGCGGGAGGCGGCAGCGCGCGCGGCACGCGGAGCAGCAGAGGUUGGGCUCGAAGCCGCGAGCGCGGGCGGUUGGACGACCGCUUGACAGAGGGGGACGGGGACAGGGAGGGCGGCCGGUCGGCGCCAUGGGGGCCAAGCUGCGACUUCUCUGCGCCGCGGCGGCGCUGCUCUGCGCGGUGCCGCCGGGACAGCCUAGCGCCCGGGACGCGGCGGCCGCCGUGCUCCCCGCGGGCGAGGGGGACGGGUACGGGGUGAAGCUGUGCGGCCGGGAGUUCAUCCGCGCCGUCAUCUUCACCUGCGGCGGGUCCCGCUGGAAGCGGCUCUCCCUGCUGGCGAUGGAGCCGGCGCCCGUGGCCGAUCCUGCACGAACAGCAAGUAUCAAACUACUGGGAAACCUCAAGCUGCAAUCAAUUUUGGGUCCUGAAGUGGAGCAGCUGCAGAGAAGCAGCCCGUUUCUUGGAUGGGAGACAUUUAAGGACUUGAAUAGUUUAAAUGACUAUAAUGAUUAUGUGCCUGUGGCAGAUGACUUCAAAGAACUUGUUCGCCAGAUAGAUGAAGCUGUUCAGAAGGACAGGGGAGGAACAGGAAUUGCAAACCCCAUGGGAUCAAACAGUUAUCUUUGGGCCAGGUAUCCCAGAAGAAAACGGGAAUCUCUGGGUUUGGCAGGAAUGUGUUGCAAAUGGGGCUGUACAAAAGCUGAAAUUAGUACUAUAUGCAGAGUUUAAAAUCCUCUCCGCACUUAUGCAUGAAAUCAAUGUUUGUUGCAGUGCUACUUGAUUGAAUACUGUACGGAGGAAGAAAACUCUCACUGUAUUUUAUUUUGUCUGUAUGUUCCAGUCAAUACUGCUGGUUUUCUUAAAAAAAAAAAAAAUCCACAAGUGUACUUGUAAUGACUUUGUUUUGCUGCAGUAACUUUUAAUCUGUAUUUUUACCAAGUCUUUUCAUUUUAAUGUCGAGCCUUUACACUUUUACACAUUACAAAUGUAUUGUAUCUUCAUAACACUUUAGAAAGAACUUCAAUGUUUCAUUAAAAUGUAAUUACAUUAAGUGUUACUGAAUUGUUCUUUCUCUGUUGACAGAAAGAACAUCCAACAAUGUUCUUAUAAUGAGAUUCGUGGUACAAAGCUGUAUAGAAAGGAUAUUUUGCCAGCUGAAACUCCACUCAACACUGACUCAAGCUUGCUGAUUAUUUUGAACACACUUUUUCCAUUUCCUUGUAAUUGCAGAAUUGUUUUAUGCAAUAUUGUCCUUCUAGAGACUUUACCACAAUACAACAUUUGCAGCCUAAAUAUUUCUUCACAUCCACGGGUAGGCUUAAAUAGUUAGUGGGCAAAGUAUUUACAUUUUAAUUAUUCCUUGUUUACCUUCCCCAUUUUUUUCCUACUACUGGUAAAUGGAGAGUGUUGGAUGUGCUUCAAGUAACUUACUCUACAGACACUCAGGGACCUUCCUGUGUGUUCUUACCACAUGCUGGUCUACACUACUUCAGAUGUAUUUCUGAGUUGCUAAUUGCUACUGUAUUUAUAAACGGAUAAUUUAAUCUUUGUAGUAACUACAGAUUUUUGCCUUCCUGGCUGUUUUUCUCAGCUAUAACAAGUUGUAUUUCUAGCUAUGUUUUUGAUGGCUUGGGGGUUUUGGAGGUUUUUUUUCUGGCAUUUAUGAUGCUCGUGAUAACUUAGCUUUGCAGCAGUAGCUGGCUCAGAGUGUAUAUCAUUGCUUAGAUUCAUAGUUGUUGCCGUUAGCUGAUGGUGCUUCAUUCUUCAAAUUGUUUUUUGAAAAGUGUUCUUUGAUUGAACUAUUGCUUAGUGAAAUUAUUGCAUCACUUCCUAAUCCCUUUUCCUAAGAUAUUAUUGUUAUUCCAGCAAUUAGGCAUUUAUUAAUCCUUUUUAUUUUUUAAAACAUCAAUUUUAUUCAGUAGAGAUUGGGCAGAAUAGGCAUUUGCUAUGAAUGCUGUCAUCUUCCACCUGAAAAGCACCAUCUCUUCCGUCAUUGUAACAAUAACAUUUAGCAAGAAAGAGUUAUUUCCUACGCCAUUGUUUUAGCGACUGUAAGGAGCUUUUUGUUACUCUGGAGUGGAGAAGGUAACUCUGUAAAGUUCUGCUACAGUUUUCUUUGCAACAGUCUAGCUAAACUUCUGUAGC